AAGUCAAAAUCUCUAGAAAGAUAAUUAAAAAUGUAUGACUUUAGCACUAUAUAAUAUAUUUUUAAGACGGGCUGAUUUUAACACUAAAGAUUUUGUAGAGACAAUAAUAACUUAGACAAAUUAAAAGACCCAACACUCUAAACGACUUCACCACAAAUUUGAUAAAACAGAGCUAGAAAUAAGCUUAAGAAUGGCCAAAUCCUCGCCCCAUAUUCUGACAAAACGAGAGAAAAAUGAGAUUCCUAAUUUCCUAUUAUACUACUUUCACAGGAAAUCCCAAAGGAAAUGAAACCAAGCAUACACUUGAAUAUGAAGCCGCACUCUUCUACAGAACCAAGGCAUUGGACCCAUACCUCAUCCAUGCAUCUAGAACAACAAAUAAAUGGAGAAGCCGUAUAGACAGCCAAAUAAGAUUUAGACAAAUAUGUAUCCUUUGCAUAUAUGUAAUAUAUACAUGUAUAAUAUAAUUUACGUAUAUAAAAAUAUAUAUAUUAGUUUUGAAAAACUAAAGAAAUUAUUUUUCAAACAGAAUUUUUGUAGAAAAUACAGUUUAACAUGUAGAAUAAUUUCAAACAAUACAAAGAUAAAAAUAUGUUAGUAAAUUAUUAAGCUGGAUAAAAAUAUAAAUAUAAAUUUAUUUUACAAAUAAAUAAGUAAAUAUAUUUAAAUGCAUAAAAUAAAUGUUGAUAUAAAUGAUAAUAAUUAAAAAUAUAUAAUUGUAAUAAUAUAUUAAGAAAAUAUGAAUAUAAAUAUUUGAAAUUUGCAUAAUGUCUACCUAACCGUUAUUAAAUGUUUAAGUUAUUUAAAUCACAUAAAAUACUAUAUAAAAUAAAAUGGAAGUGCUUAACUAUCGUCUACCGGCUUAGUGCCACCAAACGCCCACCUAUACCACUUUUUAGAAUAGGCCCACAGUCUAGUGUUCGUUCAUAACAAAUGCUAAUAUAAACACGACCAAGAAGACAUGAAACAUUACACGAGAAAAACUACCAGUAACAGGAAGGCUGUGAGCUGUCGUUUCCUCUGGAUUAAGACGUCGUUUUGGUAUUUUCUAUGAAACAGUUGACAACAGAGGGAUAAUGAAGAGUUGCGGAAGCAUAAGAUCGAUUUUUAUGCACGCGGACAGGGUAGAUUGGAUGUUGAUAGGGCUAGGAUUAAUCGGCGCCGUCUGUGAUGGCUUCAUCACUCCUACCGUAUUUUUCAUCACCGGCUUGCUACUGAAUGACCUGGGUGGUUCGUUCAGCGAUCGAACCUUCAUGACAGCCAUCUCCAAGAAUGCUGUAGCUCUGCUUUAUGUGGCUAGUGCAUCUUGGGUGAUAUGUUUUCUUGAAGGAUAUUGCUGGACAAGAACAGGGGAGAGACAAGCAGCAAGAAUGAGACAGAGAUACUUAAAAGCAGUGUUAAGACAGGAUGUGGGUUACUUUGAUCUUCAUGUCACAAGCACUUCUGAUGUUAUCACAUGUGUUUCUAGUGACAGUCUUGUAAUCCAAGACGUCCUCAGUGAAAAGUUACCCAACUUUUUGAUGAAUGCUUCUGCGUUUGUCGGAAGCUACGUGGUGGCUUUCAUUAUGAUGUGGAGGCUCACAAUCGUAGGCUUCCCGUUCAUCGUUCUCCUCGUGAUCCCUGGACUGAUGUACGGACGAGCCCUCAUCAGCAUCUCGAGGAAAAUACGCGAAGAGUACAACGAAGCCGGUUCCAUUGCCGAGCAAGCCAUCUCGUUGGUGCGAACCGUCUACGCAUUUGGGAGUGAGACGAAGCUGGUAGCUAAAUUCUCAGUUGCGCUUCAAGGCUCGGUGAAACUAGGGCUGAGACAAGGGCUAGUUAAAGGAAUCUCCAUUGGGAGCAACGGUAUCAGUUACGCCAUCUGGGGGUUCAUGACUUGGUACGGAACUCGGAUGGUUAUGUACCAUGGCGCCAAAGGUGGUACUAUCUUCGCAGUCAUCAUUUGCAUUACCUUUGGCGGCAUUUCACUUGGUCGAGGUUUGUCGAAUCUCAAAUAUCUUUCGGAGGCUGUUGUAGCAGGGGAAAGGAUUACCAAAGUGAUAAAUAGAGUUCCCGAUAUAGACUCAGAAAACCCUCAAGGUCAAAUGCUAGAGAAAAUCAAAGGAGAAGUACAGUUUAAGCAUGUCAAAUUCGUGUACCCGUCUAGACCCGAGACUCCAAUCUUUGAUGAUUUCUGUUUGAGAGUUCCAUCUGGAAAAACCGUGGCUCUGGUUGGUGGAAGCGGGUCGGGAAAAUCAACCGUGUUGUCGCUUUUGCUGAGGUUUUAUGAUCCGGUUCAUGGAGAGAUUCUUCUUGAUGGUGUGUCCAUUAAUAUGCUGCAGGUUAAUUGGUUGAGAUUGCAGAUGGGUUUAGUUAGCCAAGAGCCGGCACUCUUCGCCACAUCAAUAGAGGAGAACAUAUUAUUUGGUAAAGAGGACGCAUCCAUGGAAGAGGUGGUGGAAGCUGCAAAGGCCUCAAAUGCUCAUAGUUUCAUCUCUCAGUUCCCUCAUGGAUACAAAACUCAGGUUGGGGAGAGAGGAGUGCAAAUGUCAGGGGGACAGAAGCAGAGGAUAGCAAUUGCACGUGCGAUAAUCAAAUCACCAACAAUUCUCCUUCUAGAUGAGGCAACAAGCGCAUUGGACUCAGAAUCCGAAAAGGUUGUUCAAGAAGCCUUGGACAAUGCCUCUGUUGGCCGGACAACUAUCGUCAUUGCCCACCGCCUGUCUACUAUUCGUGAUGCUGAUGUUAUCUGUGUAGUCCAUGACGGCCGCAUUGUAGAAUCUGGGUCACACGAAGAGCUCAUAGAGAACCUGGAUGGUCAAUAUGCUUCUCUAGUUCGGUUGCAACAAAUGGAUAAUGAAGACUCUGAUGUAAACAAUAACAUCAGCGUAAGGGUGCAAGGGGGUCAAUUAUCGGUAUUGAGCAAAGAUUUGAAGUACAAUCCAAAACUCUCUACUGAAAGUAGGUCAAACUUGUUACCAAAUACAAGCGUGGAGUCGAAUCUUCCUGGCUCAGUUCCUAAGAGUAAGAAACCGCCUCUGCCAUCGUUCAAGAGAUUGAUGGCAAUGAAUAGACCAGAGUGGAAACAUGCAUUGUGUGGUUGUUUAAGCGCGGCUUUAUAUGGGGCCGUUCAACCGAUAAGUGCAUAUGUUUCGGGGUCGAUGGUGUCAGUGUAUUUCCUAACGAGUCACGACGAGAUCAAGGAGAAAACAAGGAUCUACGUGUUGGGUUUUGUUGGUUUAGCUAUGUUUAAUUUCUUGUUCAAUAUCAUUCAACAUUAUAGUUUUGCUUACAUGGGCGGAUACCUAACAAAACGUAUCCGAGAACAGAUGCUCUCCAAGAUAUUGACCUUUGAAGUUAAUUGGUUCGAUGAAGAAGAGAACUCGACCGGUGCAAUUUGCUCAAGACUAGCCAAAGAAGCUAACUUGGUGAGAUCGCUGGUUGGUGAACGGGUGUCCUUGUUGGUACAAACUAUAUCAGCUGUGGCCAUAGCUUGCACAAUUGGUUUGGUCAUCGCAUGGCGAUUAGCAGUCGUGAUGAUUGCUGUGCAGCCAAUUGUUGUCGUAUGCUUCUACACUCAACGCAUUCUGCUCAAAAGCAUGUCCCAAAAAUCAAUCAAAGCACAAGAAGAGAGCAGCAAACUAGCCGCAGAAGCUGUCUCCAAUAUCCGAACCGUCACAGCUUUCUCCUCACAGGAAAGGAUCUUGAAAUUACUUAAAACGGUCCAAGAAGGUCCGCGGAGAGAAAGUGUUCGCCAGUCAUGGUUAGCAGGGAGUGUGCUCGCAACUUCCCGAAGCCUUGUAACAUGCACUACGGUUUUGAAUUUCUGGUAUGGUGGUAGACUAAUCGCUGAUGGAAAAAUCGUGGCAAAGGCAUUCUUUGAGAUUUUUACGGUGUUUGUGUCUACCGGCCGGGUUAUUGCAGAGGCUGGGACCAUGACAACUGAUUUAGCCAAGGGCUCAGGUGCGGUUGGGUCUGUGUUCGGAGUUUUGGAUCGCACCACAACCAUUGAUCCGGAGAGCCCCAAUGGGUAUGUCCCGGAUAAAAUAAAAGGCCAAAUCAGAUUUCACAAUGUGGACUUUGCUUACCCGACACGGCCAAAUGUAGUUAUAUUCAAGGACUUGUCCAUUGAGAUAGAACAAGGAAAGUCCACAGCUAUUGUCGGUCCAAGUGGUUCAGGUAAAUCAACAAUAAUUGGCUUGAUCGAGCGGUUCUAUGACCCGUUAAAAGGUUCAGUAAUAAUUGAUGGCCGUGAUCUGAAGUCUUAUCAUUUGAGAUCGCUUCGUCAACACAUAGCUUUGGUUAGCCAAGAGCCAGCGUUAUUCGCAGGUACUAUCCGAGAGAACAUAAUGUACGGAGGAGCAUCUGAAAACAUCGAGGAGUCGGAGAUUAUCGAGGCGGCAAAGGCAGCAAACGCUCACGAGUUUAUCACAUCACUAUCGAACGGUUAUGAGACGAUCUGCGGAGACAGAGGUGCGCAGCUAUCAGGUGGGCAAAAACAGAGGAUUGCGAUAGCUCGUGCGGUUCUGAAGAACCCGUCCGUGCUGCUCCUCGACGAAGCGACGAGCGCUUUGGACAGCCAGUCAGAGCGCGUGGUACAGGAGGCGCUCGAGCGCGUGAUGGUCGGGAGGACGAGCGUUGUGAUCGCGCAUAGGCUUAGCACGAUCCAGAACUGCGACGUGAUUGCGGUUUUGGACAAAGGGAAAGUAGUAGAAUGUGGGAACCACUCGUCCUUGUUGGCAAAGGGUCCAACUGGUGCUUAUUUCUCAUUGGUCAGUCUCCAAAGUAAUCUCUGUUGAUGAUCAUUGGUCAAGAUAUCGUUUUGGUUCUUCUCUGAAACUGAAAAGAAGGAGGCUUGAAGCAAGAAGAUAAAAUGAAGAUCAUUACUCAGCUUUUUGUCCAUAAAAUAACACAAACUAUUGAAAUACAAAGAAAAGCUAUUGAUGAAUUUCAUUGGAAAAGGAAAAUAAAUAAUAAAUGAAGAUCAAUACUCAGCUUUUAUAUGUAGUA